AUGGGUGGCGAGGUCGAAGAAGUCCGUCCUGAAGAGGUGGUCACACCUUCGGCCUACUUGCUCUUCUACGAACGCCAGGACCGGCAUCCAGCCACCUUCUUGCCGAAAAGCUUUGGCAAUCUAGUUGAUCAGCUGCGACAAGGACGUUCGGAGCCUUGUGCCUCGGAAGGUGGUCACAAGUCUCCUUCUUUUUCGGACACUGCAGAAGUCGGUGCUACAGCCUCUGCUUCCACCAUCUCUUUUUUUAGAGGCAUCAGCUUUUCUGGGUCCUCGCCUGAUAUAGAUUCUAAUAUGGCUGCACGACUAGUUCAUCUGGUGGACGAGAUGCAUCUGCGGCAGCACGCUAGCCGAGCCGAAUCUGAAGCACCUCGUUCUGGCCAGCUUUUUCCAGUUGAACAGAUUUCUUGGCCUACUGGAAUGAUGAUGAUGAAGGUGCUGCGACAGAGUCAACAACAUGCUGGACGGACAGACGAAGUUGAGGGCGUCGCUAAAGUGGACGACUCGUUGUCAUCACCACCAGCCCGGGUGAAUCUACACUCGGUGGCAACUCGUGGUGCGUUGGCCGAUUCGUUGGACCAGAAGGCUCAAAUGCGACUUCUGAUAGAGGAGAAAGCAAGCACCCUGCCAAUGCGUACUCUAGCAAGGCGGCCCAGCGGAAAGGACUUGGCUCCAUCCCAGACAGCCGGAUUGACCUCAUUUUCGUCUUUAUCAACAUCACUACACUCUUCGAUACCAGAAGAAGUGGACGGAAAGGCCAAAGCUGCCAAAGUAAGAGCAAAACCUCCUCAAACUCUGCUAGACUUGCAGGAAAAUACAAUGAUACUUCACAACGAGAAAGUGGAUGAUUCAUUGCUCUCAUAUGCUCAGAGAAGGACGGAAGCCAACUAA